UGAAAAUGAAGAAAAUGAAAAUAAAAGAGAUAAAACCAAUUUUAAAAAUUUACUUAUAGCUGAAAUGAUUGAUUUAAAUUAUUUAAAUUUUAAUGAAACUGAAAAUAGUUUAAAUUUAAAUAAAACUAUUUUAGAAGAAUUAGAAGUUGAAAAAAGUUCUGAUAUUGAUAUAGAAACAAUUUAUGAAAAAGAAUUUCAAUAA